AUGGCGACCGACGGCAACCAGCAGGUGAUGGACGUGCUGUCUACCAUCUCGGGCCACUUCCGGCGCGUCACGGACAACGCCGCCGACUUCAUCGACAAGGGCGUCGACAAGGCCUCCGAGGCCGUCCGCGAGCGCCUGGCCACCGUCGACUGGCUGCCCGACAUCGUCAAGCCGCUGCCCCCGCCCAAGCCCGAGGUCAUCGUCGUGCCGCUGUCGACGCUCGAGAAGCUGCAGGGCUGGGUCGCGCGCAACAAGUACCUCAUCGGCGCCGCCGUCGUCAUCACCGGCACCGUCGCCUACAAGGGCUACCAGCAGAACAAGUACGUGCGCAAGGUCCGGCGGGCCAAGCGCAGCAAGAAUGGCGGCCGCUCCGAGGUCAUUGUCAUUGCCGGCUCGCCCCGGCUGCCGCUGACCAAGACGCUGGCGCUUGAUAUGGAGAGGCGCGGCUUCAUCGUCUUCAUCGUGUGCAAUGCGGUCGAGGACGAGGCCGCCGUAAAGUCCCUGUCCCGCGCAGACAUUCUGCCCCUCACCAUUGAUACCACAAACCCUCCCAAUGCCGGACUGGCCAUCGAGCGCUUCGCCCACUUCCUCACAUCUCCCCGAGCUCCCGGCCCCAACAUCAAGCCCAACCAGCUGACGCUCAAAUCCGUCUUCCUCAUCCCCAGCCUCCACUACCAGACGUCUCCCAUCGCCACCAUCCCGCCAUCAGCCUUCGCCGACCUCUUCAACACCCACCUGCUGCAGCCCAUCCUCACCAUCCAGAGCUUCCUCCCGCUGCUCACGUCAAGGCUCAACCCCGUCGGCGAGAAAUGGGUCCCUCCCAAGGUCCUCGUCUUCACCCCGUCCAUCAUCUCCUCCAUCAACCCGCCCUUCCACGCCCCCGAGGCCACCGUCUGCUCCGCCCUGUCGGCCUUCACCGAGGUCCUGACGGCCGAGCUGCGCCCGCUCGAUAUCCCCGUCACCCACAUGCAGCUCGGCACCUUUGACUUCUCCGGCUUCGUGCCGAUCCGCACCGGCUCGCCGACCCAGGGCCUGGUCACCAACGCCGGAAACCCCGAGGACACGCUCGUCUGGCCCGACGGCGCCCGGCACGUCUACGGACGCAACUUUGUCGCCCAGACGGCGUCGGCCAUCUCCGGGGCCCGCAUCCGCGGCCUCAAGGGCAGCUCCCUCCGCCACCUCCACGCCACCGUCUUCGACGUCAUUGACGGUUCCAUCAAGGCCGACACGGUCCGCAUCGGCCUCGGCGCCAGCAUCUACGGCUUCGUCGGCCGCUGGGCCCCGCGGAGCCUCGUCUCGUGGAUGAUGGGCAUCCGCAAGGUCGACGAGCUGUCCACCUGGAAGACGAGCUCGUACGAGGGCUCCGAGGACGGCAGCGACGACGGCGAGGAGGGCGGCGAGGGGUCCAUCUCCGAGAGCAAGGAGUUUAUCGCCGUCCAGUCCGACGACAACGUCUGGGGCUCGGGCGAGACGGCCAAGUGGGAGCAGCCUCCUGCCGACGCCCCCGCUCCUUGA